ACUUCUUGUGGACUAGAGAAGUCCCUCCCACAGGAACCAGUGGAUAGACCAGCUUCAAGUUUCACCCGAGAGGAGGUGGCAGGAAACAAACAAGUCCUGAACUAACAAGCUGCUCUGUGCCAUGAGGUCCUCUUCCCUCCUCCUACUCUCCUUCCUCGUGGGUUUGUGUGACGUUCAAGGGGCUUCAGAGUUUAGAGUCUGUGCCUUCAACCUCCAACACUUUGGGGAAUCCAAGUCCAAGAAUAGCCAUGUCAUGUAUAUUCUUGCCAAGAUCAUCACUCGCUGUGACGUGUGUUUGCUCCAGGAAGUGAGAGACUCUAAAGAAGUAGCUGUACCACAGCUGCUUAAACGCCUUAACAGCUAUGACACUGAGCAUGAGUAUGAAGCUGUGGCCAGUGAGAGACUGGGCAGGACUACCUACCAGGAGCAGUAUGUGUUUGUUUACAGAACCGGUACAGUGACAGUCACGGGUAAGUAUCAGUACCCCGAUACUCGACCAGGAGAUGUUGAUGCUUUCUCCAGAGAGCCUUUUGUUGUCCGCUUCAAAGCCCCCAAGACAGUUAUAAAGGAGUUUGUCCUCAUACCUCAGCACACCACUCCAACCAACACCACUAAAGAGCUCGAUGCACUGUAUGAUGUUUUGCAAGAUAUGAAGAAGAUGUUUAAAACUGAGAAUGUGAUGCUUCUUGGGGACUUCAACGCCGACUGCGGCUACCUUGCUAAGAAGAACAGGAAGUUUGUGCGCCUGAUCACAGACAAGAACCUCAUCUGGCUCAUUCCAGAAAAGACUGACACCACUGUGCGAGAGUCCACUUCCUGCACCUACGACAGGAUCGUUGUGAACGGGGAACGGUUUGUCAAAGCGAUUGUGCCUUCUUCAGCCAAACCAUUUAACUUCCAAAAGGAAUACAAACUCACAGAGGAAAAGGCGCUGGAGGUGAGUGACCAUUACUCAGUGGAGGUCUUGCUGAAGGAAAUUGCCCCAAGAUCCUCUUUCAAUGGUGGCACUUCCCCUUUCCUGUCUUGGUUUGUCCUCAGCUACGUUGUCUUCCAAAUGUUAAUGUUGUAGUUUAAUAAUAAAAUCUAUGUCGAUUUUUGCCAUCUCGGUCUGAGGACAAUCUCAGGAAGGCUUACUUCACAAACUUUCAUGAUUCCCCAACAUGUGGAGUCCAACUUGCCAAAUAUCACUGAUACCACUCCACAGGCUCUCGAUGUUGGGUUCAGGGUUCGGAAAAACAACGGAAAAUUAUACCACUGUUGACAUUUCCUAUUAUGUACAGUAGUUCUCCAUUUCGCACAUUAAUAUCCGCCUGUGUAUAUGUCUAGGAGGAUGAAUCAAGUUUAAUAAUCUUUGCUUUAUGGCACUGCAGAGAAAAUAGCACGGAUGCUGGUAGAUGUGAAAAUGUUGAUAAGUUGUUUCCUCCAGUAAUCUGUUCACUUGAUGUAGUUAAUUUGCUCCUUCAGUUUAGGAAAUUUGUACCCUUUCAUUAUCCUCUUUACCUGCAUAUGUUAGGUGCUCCAGAAUGCUGAAGCUGAGUUUCUAUAAACUGGAUGACAUCUACAGUAUCAUCAACAUGUUUUAUGGCAAUGUGUUAUUCUGGAAAAUACAUAUCAAAGACAAUGCAACAAUGUCAAAAACCUGAGGUACAUCCAUGUGUCUCAGCCCAAGAUCAAGUGACUCAGCGGGAAUGUCGAAGGGACUAAGAGGCGGUCAGUUUAAGGAAAUUAAUGAAGUAGUUUAAGGUCAUAAAUCAUUUAACUCAGGGAACAAAUUAGGUAAUUCAACAGUACAACUUAUGGCACUGAAAUAAUUACAUGGAGCACAUGAAUUACUAUUGUGAUGGAAAUAAUUUCUUUUGUAAAAUGUUGAUGCCUUUUAUACUAAACUAUACACAUGGAAUGUAAUAUAUAUAAUAAAUUUCAUAAACUCUG